CACCAACGAAAAAUCACCGAUCUACAGAUCUCCCACCACGUGUCGGUAAUAACUCUCCCAUCCCUACCCGGUCCCACCUUUACAUCCGAAAGUCCCCCCGCCUCCACAUCACCACCACUUAACCGCCGCAGCCCCACCUCCGGCCACCACGCCAAUUUACAUAAUUUAUUCUGCUAUACACACAGUAUAUACACAGGGUACAAGCAGAGAUAGUCAGGCCUCUCUCUCUCCUCAGAGCAUUUAAAAGAGCUCCACUUUCUCUCUCUGCAUAUAUAUACAUAUACAUCGUAACAUCGACACGUAUGCGUCGAUGUUGAGGCAGAGAAAGGGCUCUGAACCGGAGAAAUCAUCUAAACCGGAGAAGCCACGAGUUGACGGGGAGGAGGACGGCGACGACGACAGCAAGAAGAAGAGGAGAGAGAAGGAGAGGUUCCAUCAGAAGAGGAGAGAGAAGGAGCUGAGGAGGUGGAAUUGCGUGGACAGUUGCUGCUGGUUCAUCGGUUGCAUAUGCUCGAUUUGGUGGUUUCUGCUGUUCCUGUUCAACGCGAUGCCGGCCUCGUUCCCUCAGUACGUGACGGAGGCGAUAACGGGGCCGUUACCGGAUCCGCCGGGGGUGAAGCUGCUCAAAGAAGGGUUAACGGCGAAGCAUCCGGUGGUGUUUGUACCAGGAAUAGUUACCGGAGGGCUUGAGCUGUGGGAAGGGCACCAGUGUGCCGAAGGGUUGUUCAGGAAGAGGCUAUGGGGUGGUACAUUUGGGGAAGUUUAUAAGAGACCAUUAUGCUGGGUUGAGCACUUGUCACUGGAUAAUGAAACUGGAUUGGACCCUUCCGGUAUAAGAAUUAGGCCUGUAUCUGGCCUUGUUGCGGCUGAUUAUUUUGCUCCUGGUUAUUUUGUGUGGGCAGUUCUUAUUGCAAAUUUGGCACGCAUAGGGUAUGAGGAGAAAAACAUGCAUAUGGCUGCAUAUGACUGGAGGAUAUCCUUUCAGAAUACAGAGGUACGCGACCAAACUCUUAGCAGGAUUAAAAGUAAUAUAGAACUCAUGGUGGUGACAAGUGGCGGUAGAAAAGUGGUCGUAAUUCCACAUUCAAUGGGGGUUCUGUACUUCUUGCAUUUUAUGAAAUGGGUGGAGUCACCUGCCCCGAUGGGUGGUGGGGGUGGAUCAGAUUGGUGUGCUAAGCAUAUAAAGGCGAUAAUGAAUAUUGGUGGACCAUUUUUAGGUGUUCCAAAAGCAGUAACCGGAUUAUUCUCUGCUGAAGCAAAGGAUAUAGCUGUUGCCAGGGCUAUUGCACCUGGUGUUCUGGAAAUGGAUGUAUUUGGUUUUCAGACUUUACAGCAUGUAAUGCGGAUGACACGUACAUGGGAUUCAACCAUGUCAAUGAUUCCAAAAGGUGGGGACACCAUCUGGGGUGGCCUUGAUUGGUCACCGGAAGAAGGCUAUGAGUGUGUUGCCAAGAAAAUGAAGAACAGUGACAAUCAGACAGCAGGCCAAAAUGGAAAAGUUAGUUUAGAUAAAACAAAACGUUUGCAUUAUGGGAGAAUAAUAUCAUUUGGGAAGGAUGUAGCUGAUGCAGAGUCAUCAAAAAUUGAGAGGAUGGAUUUCAGGGGUGCUGUUAAGGGCAACAACCUGGCAAACACAACGUGCCGUGAUGUAUGGACCGAGUACCAUGAUAUGGGAAUCGAAGGUAUCAAAGCUGUUGCAGAUUACAAAGUUUACACUGCUGGAUCAUUGCUGGAUCUACUUCAGUUUGUUGCCCCAAAGAUGAUGAAACGUGGCAGUGCUCACUUUUCAUAUGGAAUUGCUGACAAUUUGGAUGACAAGAAGUAUGAACAUUACAGAUAUUGGUCAAACCCCUUAGAAACAAAAUUACCAAAUGCUCCUGACAUGGAGAUCUUCUCAAUGUAUGGCGUUGGAGUCCCUACCGAAAGGGCUUAUGUUUAUAAGUUAAGUUCUGCUGCUGAGUGUUACAUCCCAUUCCAGAUUGACACAUCAGCAGAGGGUGGUCAGGACUGCAGUUGUCUAAAGGGUGGGGUUUACUCUGUUGAUGGAGAUGAAACAGUUCCUGUCCUGAGUGCAGGCUUUAUGGCUGCAAAAGGUUGGAGGGGAAAAACCCGAUUCAAUCCUUCUGGAAUUGGUAAUUACAUAAGGGAAUAUAAUCAUGCCCCGCCGGCCAAUCUUUUGGAAGGGCGGGGAACCCAGAGUGGUGCUCAUGUAGAUAUACUGGGGAACUUUGCGUUGAUUGAAGAUAUACUAAGAGUGGCCGCAGGAGCUACAGGAAAAGAACUGGGAGGAGAUCAAGUUUAUUCUGAUAUCUUCAAAUGGUCCGAAAACAUCAACUUACCACUGUAGAUCUCAUUGAUUCUUAUGCAUUUGGAGUCAAUUGGCAUCAAUGUACAGAUGGUUAGUGAUGCCUGGAUUCAUGGUGUGAAUUUGUGUUGACUUUGGAUACUGAGAAAUGGAGAACCCACUGUUGGCAGAGACGUCAAGGUAAUCUGUUCUUCACUAUUGGGGGAAAGAAAGGAAAAAAAAAAAAAAAGGAUCUGUUGUUAUUUACUGAAAUUUCGAUUUUUAUUUAUACGGGAAGCUUGAAAAUUGGCAUUCGGUGACGUGUCCAGGUUGUGCUAUUUCUAGGAUGCUUUAUUUAAGAUUUCCCAGAAAUUUUGAUACAUUCAAUUAACAAUUGAAAGCUGUAAAGUAUACAAAUUUUCUAUGUUGUAGAGUUUGGUUUUUUGUAGCCCUGAAGUUGUAAUCUUUUUUGCAGCUUGACAACAUAAAGGAAACUAGUCGUUCUUCAUUUGCGUAUAUUUAUUCCUGCCCCCAAAGCAUCUCUAAGCCUGUCAAGAGUGAAUUACAUUCGCUUGUGACUCAAAAAAUCUGUGAUUGGAUUUUUAAUUGUCGUUUCAACUGUCUUUUAGUUUCUUAAGAGUUCGUUUGUUUGACAGGACUACUGGUAAAACCUCGUAAGUUAUGUAGCACCGGACCAAAAGGAAGCGAGAAGUAAUACCAUACUUUUCAUUAUAUUGUAUAUUGCACAUUUUGUUGGACACCGUAUCUGAUGCUUGUUUAAUUCAGCCCAUAAGAAUGGAAAUCAAACACAGUAUAUAUUGUCUCCUUAAAUUUGUAGUUCAAUUUUGUGCUCAUUUCCUGUCAAAUAAACAAGUUCUGAAUCAAUGCGUGAUGAAAAAUAACUUAUGUUCUUUCU